AUGCAUGAUGCAUUAAUCCCCUCCUACCCAGAGAUUUGGCUUGAGGCACAACUCUCCCCAAAGAAACAAGCAAAUCAAGAGAUGGCCCCUUCUGCCGAGCUCGAGAAAUUCCUCAAGGAAAAUGGCCUGGAUCUCGAGAAGCGGAAGAAGGAUCGAGCGACGGCCAUACAUCGAGCUGUAUUGAAGAACAAUUCCGCCGUUGUCGGGGAGCUUCUCGAUUUAUACCCCGAGGACUGCCGCGAUGCACGAGAUAAAGACGGCCGCAAAAGAAAUCGCACUCCGAUCCAGAACGCGGCUCAGCUGGGACUGCACCAGAUCGUUGCGCAGUUGCUCGCCAAAGGCGCCCAAGUGGACUCACGGAGCUCAUUUAAAUGGACGGCAUUGAUCUUCGCCGCCUUCGACAAUAGGCGCGAAGUAGUGAGCACGCUGCUAAAGAACGGAGCUGAUGUGCAUGCGAAGACGGCGCCCGACGAGAGGGAAAAGGGCGGAGGGGAGAUCACGGCACUUCAUGUGGCCGCGCAGUUGUGGUCGGCGCAGACGACGCUGAAGCUUCUCCUUAGCGGAGCAGAUCCGAACGCUGCGUCUGCGAAUGGCGACACGCCUCUGCAUUUCGCCGUCCGGGCUCGGAGCAUCCCGUGUGCUGCUCUUCUCCUGUUCCACGGGGCGUCUGCAACGAUGAGGAACAAGGAAGGGAUCACAGCCAAGAGGCUGCUUGAGAACCUAUCAAUGACUGAGAGAAGAAGAUUCGACCAUGUGUUCUCCUGUGCCAAGGCGAAGGGUAACCACAACGUAUUCCUCCAGGAAUAUUCCAGGAAAGAAGAAGUUCCAACCCACAUAGGCCAGGCCAUCCACUGGGCGAUCGACAAGAACCUGGAAAUGGCCGUCGCAUAUCUGCUGCACGCCGACCCGUACGCGGUAGAAGCAGCGAGCCCUCGAGGAUGGCAUCCCCUUCACAGGGCGGCAAGACAUGGAAUGGAGAAGUGCGUCCAGGUGCUUCUGCAGCAUGGGGCAGAGGUGGAUUGCCUGAACAACGAGGGCUGGACGCCGCUGAUGUUCGCGGCGAGGUAUGACAAGACGCAAAUAGUCCAGUUACUGCUUGAUAAGGGGGCGAAUCGCGAUAUCACCAAUGACGCAGGGGAGGCUGCCCUACAGCUCGCUCGGAAACAUGGUCAUCGCCAAACGGCGUUGCGGCUCGCAGUUCGAUUCGUCCCGCCUUCGGAAGCCGGUCAGGAGAAGACAAACCCACCAAACCAGAAUAUUCCAAUGGAAUCUUUGAACUUGGAGGCUAGCGGAGAAACAAGGCAGGGGAGAACGGAGACAAAGGACGGAGGAAUGCUAAAACCGCCAAAGAGCCCGCGAAGGACACCGUCACCAAGUCCAAGCGAAGAAGUAAAGCAAGUCCAAGGCAAGCCUCAUCAUCUAUAG